AUGGACACGACCCUGGAUCCCGAUCGCGUCCCACGACCUGCUUCGGUUGCCCCCGGCUCUGCAGGAGAAGAGAGUUCGGUCUACAUCAAUCCUCGUCGCAAGUACAGACGCCGAGGUACGGGCUCCGUCUCCGAGACAAAAAACGGCGGCUCAGAAGAUGAGGCAGGCUCUUCCAUGUCGGAAUCAGAAGAACACGAACUCGGCGCGCUGGAUUCCGACGUGGGUGCAGAUGACGAUGCAGAGACCGGCUUGAACAAACACGACAGACUGAAAUAUGUCAAGCGGAAGAGGCGGUCUCAUGGUCUGGACGCCCGAAUCGCAGGCACCACAGGCAUUUCCAAGGACGAAGCCGACCAAGCAGACAAAUUCGUCCUGCGCAAUCUGGCCGUCAACGCCGUCCUCAUUGCCUCUUGGUAUUUCUUCUCUUUGUCAAUAUCGAUCUACAACAAGAUGAUGUUUUCCUCCGAGCACCUUGACUUCCACUUCCCGCUGUUCGCUACCUCACUCCAUAUGCUGGUCCAGUUUGCCCUGGCGUCUACCGUUCUUCUCAUCUUCCCUUCGUUCCGACCGUCACAACCACAGCUUCCAGCAUACGGAAACGAAUCGCGGUCUUUGAAGCCUCUGGUCACGCCGUUAUUCUAUGUGACCCGGUUGAUCCCUACCGGGACCACGACCUCGCUUGAUAUUGGCCUGGGCAAUACUUCUCUACGCUACAUCACCUUAACCUUCUACACCAUGUGUAAAUCCUCGGUCCUCAUUUUCGUCCUGAUAUUCGCCUUUCUCUUCCGGCUCGAGAAGCCGUCGCUCAAACUUGUUUUCAUUAUCCUGACUAUGACCCUGGGAGUCCUCAUGAUGGCUGCCGGCGAGACAGCAUUCAAUGCCCUGGGAUUCACCCUGGCCAUGUCUGCCUCGUUCUUCUCGGGCUUUCGGUGGGCUGUGACGCAGAUCCUUCUUCUCCGACAUCCCGCAACGUCGAACCCGUUCGCGACCCUUUUCUUCCUGGCGCCAAUCAUGUUCAUCAGCCUAUUCUUAAUUGCCUGUGUGUCGGAAACACCAUCGGCGGUUGUCACGGGGGUUCAGCUGCUGAUCAACACUUACGGCCUCGUCAAGUCGCUCCUCCUCCUCAUAGUUCCCGGCUGCUUGGCAUUUUGUAUGAUAGCCAGCGAGUUCAGCCUACUCCAACGAACCAGCGUGGUCACGCUCAGUAUCUGUGGCAUUUUCAAAGAGGUUGUCACCAUAAGUGCGGCGGGGAUCGUGUUCCACGACAAAUUGUCCCUGGUUAACAUCACUGGCUUGAUUGUCACCAUCAUCAGUAUUGCCAGCUACAACUAUCUAAAAAUCGUCAAGAUGAGAGAAGACGCCCGAGAGAAAUUGAGGAAGCGCGACGACGCUCUGUAUGACGAAGGGGAGAACGAGGAUACCGACUCGGUCAACCCCCGAACACAAGAGGUGGAAGCUACCAAUUCUGAUAGAAUGCCGUUGAUGCGGGACCAGGAAAGCCGGCCGGCGGGCUGA